GCUCCGUCACGGCCGCGUCGGAGACGUUGGCGAGCGGGAUGAACAGCGGAGGUCCCUUCGGCUUGGGCUUAGGCUUCGGCCUGAUCCCUACGGCGGUGAUUCAGGUGACCAAUCUGUCGUCGGCCGUGACCAGCGAGCAGAUGCGGACGCUUUUUUCCUUCCUAGGAGAGAUCGAGGAGCUGCGGCUCUACCCUCCGGACAAUACACCCCUUGCGUUUUCAUCCAAAGUAUGUUAUGUUAAGUUUCGUGACCCUGCGAGUGUUGGUGUGGCCCAGCAUCUAACUAACACGGUUUUUAUUGACAGAGCUCUCAUAGUUGUUCCUUGUGCAGAAGGUAAGAUCCCUGAAGAAGCCAAAGCCCUCUCCUUGCUGGCGCCCGCUCCGUCCAUGACCAGCCUGAUGCCUGGUGCAGGGCUGCUUCCCAUCCCCACCCCCAGUCCUUUGACCACAGUAACUUCUCUUGGUGUCUCGCUUAGCAGUUUGGGAGCGAUACCAGCAGCAGCGCUGGACCCCAACAUUGCAGCUCUUGGGGAGAUACCACAGCCACCACUCAUGGGGAACGUGGACCCUUCUAAGAUUGACGAGAUCAGGAGGACGGUGUAUGUUGGCAAUCUGAAUUCCCAGACAACUACAGCUGAUCAACUACUUGAGUUUUUUAAACAAGUCGGAGAAGUAAAGUUUGUGCGGAUGGCAGGUGAUGAGACUCAGCCAACUCGGUUUGCUUUUGUGGAAUUUGCAGACCAAAGUUCUGUGCCAAGGGCCCUUGCUUUUAAUGGAGUUAUGUUUGGAGACAGGCCACUGAAAAUAAAUCACUCCAACAAUGCAAUAGUAAAACCCCCUGAGAUGACACCUCAGGCUGCAGCUAAGGAGUUAGAAGAAGUCAUGAAGCGGGUCCGAGAGGCUCAGUCCUUUAUCUCAGCAGCUAUUGAACCAGAGUCUGGAAAGAACAAUGAAAGAAAAGGCGGUCGAUCUCGUUCCCAUACUCGCUCACAAUCCAGAUCUAGCUCAAAAUCUCAUUCUAGAAGGAAAAGAUCACAGUCAAAGCGCAGGAGUAGAUCCCAUAAUAGAUCACGUUCAAGACAGAAAGAUCGACGCAGAUCUAAGAGCCCACAUAAAAAACGCUCUAAGUCAAGGGAGAGGCGCAAGUCCCGGAGUCGGUCACGUUCACGGGACAAAAGGAAGGAUACUCGAGAAAAGAUCAAGGAAAAGGAAAGAGUGAAAGAUAGAGAAAAGGAAAGGGAAAAAGAGAGAGAGAGAGAGAAGGAACGUGACAAGGAGAAGGAGCGGGGUAAAAACAAAGAUAAAGAGAAGGACAGAGAGAAAGAACGGGACAAAGAGCCUGAGAAGGAACAGGACAAAGACAAGGACAGAUCCAAAGAGACCGAUGAGAAGAGGAAGAAGGAGAAGAAGUCCAGAACACCACCCCGGAGUUACAAUGCCUCCAGAAGAUCUCGAAGUUCCAGCAGGGAAAGACGUAGGAGGAGGAGCAGGAGCUCUUCUAGAUCCCCAAGAACAUCGAAAACCAUAAAAAGGAAGUCUUCCCGGUCUCCCUCCCCGAGGGGCAGAAAUAAGAAGGAUAAAAAGAGAGAGGAACGGGACCACAUUGGUGAGAGGAGGGAGAGUGAGCACUCCAGCUCUGUGAAAAAGGACUGUAAAGACGGCGAAGGCAAGGAGGACAGCGCUGUGCUCACAGGAAGUGAUGAGAAGGAGGAGAUGAACGAGGCAGAUUCAGAUGUGGGCAAAGAAGUCGGUGACCAGGACGCACCGAGGACUGGGGACAGCCACGGGCAGCAGAACGGCAGCUGUCAGCCUGACGAGGAAAACCUGUCUGCCCAGUCAGACACGGUGUAGGACCCUCCAAGGCCCCUCUGCACUCAACGCUGGCAUCCAGUCCAAAGCUUUUACGUCUCACAACAAGAUGUAAUAGACAGGGAGGAAGUCUAGUGGAGCGUAAAAGAUAGCAGCAAACGGCUUUCCAAUCCUUAGGUGACUUUGUGGCCAUCUUGUUUCUGAAUCAGAAAGCACGGACAUGGAGACGGUAGCACACGUUACUCAGCCUUCUCAUGUGAAGUCUGUGCAGUUCCAUGGUGGCCGACAUACUUGCCAUGUGGUUUAUUAGUGUCUGCCAAGAACCAUUGCAAAUAAACACAACAUCAGAGAUCCAAAUUCAUACUAUCCUUAAAGACUGGUGACAAGCUUUGCAGGCUCUUGACAAGGCUGGUUACUGAAUUUUGUAUCACUUUACUUUUUUUUUUUAAAGCAGUUUCAGUAUGUAAAGUUUGAUGAUGUGCUUGAAAUUGGUGGAAAUAUAAACACACCCCUUGUAAGUGCAAAGUAUGUAAGAAGUUUUCGCCUUUACAAGAUUUACAGUGAUUGUGUUUAAUUCUCACUUGUUUUCUUUUGUUCAUCAUUUAGGACAGCAGUUUUUCUUUAAGAUAGUUUUACAGGUUAAAAUUGUUUAAGUGGAUUAAAAAACAACUGACACUGCAUGCUACUGUUCUCUCUGAAAAGAAAGAACCCCCUGUGCUGAAUACUAAUACGUGUUAGUAUUCCGUGUUUGAGUCGUUGGGUCUACCCGCAGAGUGAGCGUUUUCUUUUAAACUUCCUUGACAUUUCCAAGCUUACUGCGAGUAGAAUUGCAGUGUGUGUUGUCAGCUGUAGGUGGCAAAGGCGUCCUUAGCAAAAGGAAACUGGGUUUUCAAAAUGGGCUAUGGGAGCACAAGCUGAAGCUUUAGUGCCUUCUACAAUGUUUUCUAGAAUUUUCUAUGUGCUAGUCAUCCUGAAUUCAUAUGGAAUCUAGGUGGAUAUUCUGUUCAUACCCAUAGAGAGGUAUGCAAGUCAAGUGUCAGGAGAGCUGCUUACUUAGUUCACCUAAUAUGAAAAGGAAGUCUUGUUUUCAAGGCUGAUUGUUGAGUUUAACAGUACAGUUUUGGGACCAUCAAUUUUAUACUGUGACAAUUGAAGCAUGCUGUUCUCCCUAAAAGGAACCUUUUUGUGGUCUAUGUUGAUGUUGAAUGACCUUAAUGAUUACCUCUCAGUUGUCUUCUCUAAAUGAUGUGCUGACUGAGGGAAGCCUCGUUUACCAGGGAGGUUGUGUGUCCCAGGGUAUGUUUCCUUGAGUUUAAAAUUCGGGUGGUCCGUCGUAGAUAGACUCACCUUUCCCUGACGGUGUGCAAGACGACAGCAUUGCAAAGGUUUUUCGUCUCAAAACGUUUAACUUGUGGUUUUUGAAUUCUUUUCAUUACUGUUAUAUUUCCAAAAAAGUAACAGUUUUAAUUAGCAUGUUAUUAAAAAAUCAAGUAUAAUUUUAUUUUAAUGCAGUCUAAUACAAUCAAAUUACUCAGUUGCCUUACCUCAAUGGGAAGAGUUACUUGUACAGAUAGAGUUAAAAAGCUGAGUAGCAGGUGGUCACUUGGUUUCACCUUGAAUUUUCAUGUUAAUACUGUUGAGGUUGAAGUCUUUGGUGAAGACUGAAAAGAGUUGCCCCCACCGCGAGUAAUGAAGCCUGGUUUGAUUAUUAAGCUGCUUAAUCACUCUUUUUGUGUUCAAAAUUACUGUGUGAUUUUUUUUUUCCUUUUUGUCAACUGUGUACAUUAAAACUUUGGAAAAUGCUUUACUAUGUAAAGUAUAGAUGGUCAUUUUUAUCAUUCAACCACAUACGGUUGGCUGUAAACAGCUUAUUCUGAUGUAAGAAUGCUGGGUGCAUAUGGAGAGGACUGUGUAGGAUUAUGUGUCUUGCAUCAAUAGCUGUCUUAUUUAUGAUAUGGAAGUAGACUAGAGCAAAUGUUUGAAUCUUUGUUAUUUUUAGUACCGUUUCUCUAAUAAAGCUAAGUAUUUUA